GAACAAAUACACACAGAACAUGAAAGGAUUCAGCGAAAAAGAAGAUUAUUACAUGGACUAUGGGGUGGAAGGUGAUGAAGAUUAUGAACAGCUACAGGUGCAGUCCAGAGAAACACGAAACAUCGAGCAAAUGAACGUCUUUGGAGAUGCUUUUCAACAAAAACCUCCAAAGAGGUCCUUAAAGCGUGUUCUGGUGGUACUUGUAAUCAUUACUCUUCUGCUUGGACUUGUCACAACGAGUGUAUUACUUUUUCUUGAGAAAACAAAAACUGAUGAGAAGCCCCUACCAACACCUUUGGCGAUAAAUGAAUUUGUCAGCUAUCCCUGCAAAACCCAAUUAUCCAAAUCAACAGAUAAAGGAAAUGCAGAUUUAGGGAGCAGAGGGCGAAGUUUUCUGGUAAGCUUUAUCCAAAAUCACAACGAUGGAAAUACAACAAACCGAACAAUUAUUGUGUCAUCAAAAACUGAUUUCAAUAUAACAGUUGCACUGCCAGAGAGUCAAAGUUCAAAUCUGAUAUCUAUUUCUAGUCAUAGAAGUAAUGUAGCAUCAUUCAAGAAAUUGAAUGUACACUACUCUUUGGUUCCAUCCUACUCUGCCAUUGAAUCUAAAGGUAUUAUCAUAAACACCUCAGUGACGUCAUCUGUACUGUCCUUGACCGAAUAUCGUUUGUCAUCAGACACGACAACAGUGUUUCCCAUGGACAAGCUUUCUACGAACUAUAUCAUAUCGACAGCGACACCGUCAAAUAGCUAUUUAGGCAGCGGAAGUCAUUUCACUGUUGCUUCAAUGAAAGACAACACUCAUGUCAGUAUAGAGUUUGUAGCUGAUCAUGACACAACGAUACUGCUUCAGGGAAGAAGUUAUGGGAGAGGGGACACAUUUAAUAUCAUUUUAAACAGGUAUCAAACUUUCAAAUCGGACAUAAUGCUGAUAUGACGGGAACUACGAUUAGUUCUUCCAAUCCGGUUGCAGUCUUUGCAGGAAACAGGUGCAAUACUGUGGGAUACCAUGGGUACUGCAGUAUGCUCAUGGAAAUGGUCCCACCAAUUGAAAAAUUAGACAAUGUAUUCAUCGUACCCCCAAAUAUUCACAGAUUCAAAUCGAAUAUACGCAUUGCGUCGGCAGUGAAAACUGAUAUUAAAUAUACCACCAAGGAAACAUCUACGAAGACAUUUCUUUUGAAAAAUCGGUUUGCUGAAUUCCUUGUUCGCGAAGACGAAAUAGGUGUCAUAAUUUCUACCAAAUCUGUAUCAGUAAACAGUAUUGCAUUGUCUUCAACCGAGGCUAAAAUAUAUGGCGAUUCAUACAUGGUUACAAUUCCUGGAAUUAAUCAGUAUCUCAGCACAUACACCAAUUUCGUGCCUGGGGGAUAUAAUUAUAGUUUCGCUACUUUUAUGAUAAAAAACGAUUCUCUUAGAAAUCUUCAAAUCAAUGGAACAAAUAUGAACGUAGAGAGCUGUCUUUUUAACUCCUCUGUUUCCGUGGGAAUAGAUCUUUACAGCGUGUGUACAGUGAGUGUUCCAAGUGGAGUUAUUAAUACACAGACAUCCGAUGGGUCUCGGUUUGGUUUUAUGGUUACUGGACAACGCAAACACGAUGGUCAUGGCUACACUGGAAACGCACUUUCAACCUCC